UUUCCGAAAAUAGGUUUAAGUCUAUGAUUAUUUUGAGAACCGAAGUUUUCUGCUAAGCUAAGUGGUAGACGAAUCAAGUAGGUAGUCCCCAGUGAAAACGCAAAUUGUCAGUUUCGCUUUUGUUCGUCCCAUAUGAAGCAUAUUCAUGUUGUUUACAAACAUGGCUUAGGAAAAAAAACGAAUUUAACAUUACAUUUUAUUAGUAAUUCACGAACGAUAGUUCCUUUUAUUGGAUGGCAGAAUACCAGUGGCCUUGGGAAUAUAAUUUCCCUCCGUUUUUUACAGUUCAGUCGCAUGCCAAAACGAAAAUGCAGCAGUUAUCAACGUGGAAAUCGCUAAUAUUGGACUAUCAGAAGCACUGUAAACAAGCGGUGUUGAAUAUUAACGAGGAUAGCCCGCUGUUCGUUAAUGAUACAGUUUCAAGAAAACUGCCCCUCGAGGGGAGACUCUGGCUAAUGGAGGAGCUUGUAAAAACUGGUAAUGCCGCGGCGGUGGACAAACGCAAGCAGCAAUGGGAGAUUUACUGGCAUACGCUGGACGAGUGGAGCACGCUUAUCUACGACUGGGCUGUGGCAAACGGUAUGACAAAUACUGUAUGCACCAUCUACGAGUUAGUUGCAGGAGAGAAUACAGCUGGGGAAGAGUUUCACGGGUUGAAUCAAGAUGUAUUUAAGAAAGCUCUGCAAGUGCUAGAAGCUAAGGGUAAAUGUGAAAUAAUUGCAUUCGAUGACAACGAAGGUGUCAAGUUUUUCUAAUGUACAAUAAGUACUGAGUGUAAAUAAAUAUAUGAAAUGUA